AUGGACAACGGACCAGACCAUCGAUCUCGCUUGCUGGUCCGGAUGAAAGAUGUCGCAGGCCAAUACCACGAACGCAUCCCCUGGAUCCGCCGCCUCCCAGGCCCAGCCAUCGCCAUCAUACUCUUCCUCGCCUUUGUUCAGGUACUCGUCUGGAUCGCAGUCGGCAUCGUCCUACACUUUCACCCAGCACUCGUCUCCACGGCUGUUCUCUCCUAUACCCUGGGUCUCCGCCAUGCUCUGGACGCAGACCACAUCUCCGCCAUCGACCUGAUGACCCGGCGCCUCGUCGCUUCUGGGCAGAAACCCGUCACGGUGGGAACGUUCUUCUCCCUCGGCCACUCGACCAUUGUCAUCAUUACCUCCAUCAUUGUCGCCGCCAGCUCCACCGCGAUUCAAGACCAUUUCGGCGCCUUUUCCGACAUUGGCGGCAUCAUUGGGAGCUCCAUCUCCUCCGCCUUCCUCAUCAUUCUCGGUAUCAUGAACGUCUGGAUCAUGUACAAGCUCUACCAACUCCUUCAAACCGCCAUCUCGUCCCCGAUCGGCCAAGAACCACUCGAUUUCUCCUUCGAAGGAGGCGGAUGCAUGACCCUGCUCCUCCAAAAGACGUUCAAGCUCGUCGAUCGGCCAUGGAAAAUGUAUCCCCUCGGCGUCCUCUUCGGGCUGGGCUUCGACACCUCGUCCGAAGUCGCCCUCCUCGGAAUCUCCUCCAUCCAAGCCGCGCAGGGAACUUCCAUCUGGCUCAUCCUCAUCUUCCCCAUCCUCUUCACGGCCGGCAUGUGCCUCCUCGACACGUUCGACGGCGCAGCCAUGAUGUCGCUGUACACCUCGGCGAGACUCGCAAAGGAUGCCAUCGCCGUCCUCUACUACCAGCUCGUCCUGACGGCCAUCACGGUCCUCGUCGCCAUCACCAUCGGCUGCCUGCAACUCCUCACCAUGAUCCACAGCAUCCGCCCGGACCUGAGCGGCCCUUUCUGGCAGGGCGUGGACGCGGCGGGCGAGAACUACGACAUCAUCGGAGGCGCGAUCUGCGGGAGUUUCCUCGUCUUUGGAGCUCUGAGUGUGGUGCUGUACAAGCCCUGGAGGAGGGGAAUCGAUCGCAAGAGGGAAGUCAUGGCUACAGCAGGAGGAGGACUGGGUGACGAGGACAGGAGGCCAAGUUCGAUGCUCGGCGGACUGGUGGAAGUGCAGGACGAGCUGUUGGUGGAUGUAUAUACACUUCCUCCUCCUCUUCCUCCUCCUCCUCCUCCUUCGACAGACUGGCGAGACGACAGAGUGCUCAAAGGCGACGUGAAGACGGCUGUCCAGUCUGUCGGGGAGUGUUCGAGAGAUCCAUGUUGA